CAAACCAAAUCUACCAGGGGUCCAUGUUCCAUGCAUCCUGCGAAUCCGAUGGUGCACCCUUGCCGUAAUUUUGAAUGCCGCCUAACGAAUGUGCUUCUAUUGACGUCUCCCGAGGAUUACCACUUCUGAGAGUAGACUUCCUCGUCUCAUUGUACGUCGGAAUCUCAGCUUCCGACCAUUUCUAUUCUAACCAAGUAAUGACGUUUACACCGGUGACCAUCACCUGAUUCUCAGAUGAUCACGAGCCUUCGGUAGCAACAUGUCCAUUCUACCCAAUUUAUAGACCCUACUACUCUCGUUCCGUUGACGGUUAACGUUCUAGCGCUAUCGCCUCUCAUUCUCAUACGAUGGCCCAACGCACGUUGAAGUUUGACGCCCUGUCUUUCGCCGUCUUUGCCUCCAUCGCAUCACUGUUGACAUCCAACUCUGCGUUAAUGCUUACUACGUUAAUUGUGAUGGGAAGUGCGACGUCCCUAUCGGCAAGUGCCUCAAAAGUACCGCCAGUGAUGGAUGGUCCGGAUUCAACGAUAACGUCGUAAGCUCUAACAACCAGGCAAACACCGGCAGCUAUGUAGUAUGCUACUAUUUUGCCGACAACGAUUGCUUCGAGCCAUUGUUCAGUAGUGGUGACGGUAGCGUUGACUGGUUUGCUGGAUACAACGACCAGCUCUCAUCAAUUUUCUCUUCUCCGGACGCUUGAUUGCAAAGGCUUAUGUUCGUUUUCCCUGUAACUAGUGACACUAAAUUGAUCCUCAGCUUUUUGUCUGUGUAUUUCUGUGCUGCCCGUAAACACAAUCAAACAUGUCAAGAUAUGAUAAGCACGAGCUGAUACAUUAUCUGAGGAUACAACGAUGCUUUUUUGCCACCGCCUGGCCCCCAG